UGAGCCGUAAGUUUUUUUACAAAAUAUUUUUUGAGGUUUUUAAAUGGGGAAAAUAGGGAGGGAGGAUUUUUUGGUGUGCUUAUGAUAGGGAGAGAAUUUGUCGUAUUUUCAAUUUUCCCCUCUUUUUGGGAUCUUUUGUCUUUGUCAUCAGAGUUGUCGGUAAUUGGAAGAGCCGGAAUUAUAAGUAAAAAACGUCGGAAAUCGGAAUUCCGACCCACCUCUGUUCGUCAUUUUUAAGAAAAGUGAAGAUUCAUUUAGUUACAAUUUACAUAAGUCAUUUUCGGUAGUCGUAUUAACUCCUAUUAGGUUUCAAGUUCGAUUCAAACCCUGUUAGUUAACUUUCUCCAUUAUAAAUUUUUACUAGUUACCAAGGGCGUAGCCAGGGAGCUGAAGUCCUCGAAAUGGGAGAAAGUGAAAAAAUUUUGGGAGGUCAAUUUCAGGUGUCCAAUUUAGACCACUUAAAAUUGACCCUUUAGCUACGCCCUUGUUAGUUACGUCUUCAAAAUUAAAAAUUUUCCUCAAUUUUCUAGAUAUGUAAUUUAUGGAACAAGAAUGAAUGCAGACGGAACAGUAAAAACUCCAAAUCCAAAUCUUCGUAUUUUCGAAGUUUCGACUGGUAAACUUUUGGCUACUUUAAUUGCUGAUAAACAGUCUGUUUGGAAGCCUCAUUUUACUGAUGAUGAUUCUAUUGCUAUUAGAGUUAAAGGCUCUGAAAUUUUAUUUUACAAAAAUGGAGAAUUUGAAAAAUAUUCAAACAAGAUUGUAAUUAAAGAUAUUGCUCAAUUAUCUUUAAGUCCAGGUUCAUCUCCACAUAUUGGAUGUUUUAUUCCGUCAAAGAAUCAACCAGCAUUAAUUCAAUUGAGAACAUUAAAUGAUUCAUUGGAUGUAAUUUAUACAAAGACUAGUUUUAAUUGUGAUCGUUGUGUAAUGAAUUGGAAUACGAAAGGUUCUGCUUUACUAGUAACAGCAUCUGUAGAUAUUGAUAAAUCAAAUCAAUCAUAUUAUGGUGUAAGCCAUAUUUAUUGUAUUUUGACAAAAGAUGGUGGUUCAUGUUUUCAAGUACCUUUGGAUAAACAAGGGCCAGUACAUUCUGUUGAAUGGGCACCCAAUGCAAAAGAAUUUUGUGUUUGUUACGGGUUUAUGCCUUCAAAGGUAACAAUUUUCAAUAUGAAGGGUGAUAUAAUUUGGGAUAUUGGUGAAGGACAUCGAAAUGAAAUUCAUUAUAAUCCCCAAUCAACAAUUUUGGUAACUUGUGGGUUUGGAAAUAUUUCUUCUGGAAGAAUGGAAUUUUGGAAUUUGUCAACACGAAAAGAAAUUAGUCAAUUUUGUGUUCCACAUACUACACAUUUUGGUUGGGCACCUGAUGGACAGCAUAUUUGCACUUCAACUACCGCACCUCGUUUAAGAACAGAUAAUGGUUAUCGUAUAUGGACUUAUCAGGGGAUUAAAGUUGCUGAACAUUUGUUUGAAAAGGAAGAAUUGUGGGAGGUUAAAUGGAAGCCUAGCAAUUCAUAUUCAAAAUUUGCAAUAGAAGAGCCUUCUAAAGAACAAAAAAGUAUAAAUUCAAGAAUGGGAUAUACUAGCAACAAUAAUAAUUUGGUGGAUAGUCUUCCAAAAGGAGCUGUAACUUCUCAAGGUGUUUAUGUACCUCCACAUUUGAGAGGAAAAAAUUCUAAUCAAAAAGGAGGAGGUGGUGGAGGAGGAAAGCCAUCAACAGGAGCAAAAACUUCAACAAAUAAAAAUGUUUCCAACAAUAAUAAUUCAUCAGCAAGUGGACUAAAUGAAAUUGAAAAGAAAAUUCGUUCAUGUCAAAAAAAAUUGGAUGAUAUUGAAAUUUUGAAAGAACGUUCAUCUUCUGGACAACGUUUAGAAAUUAAUCAAAUGGAAAAAAUUAAAAAUGAAGAAAAAAUUAAAAUUGAAUUGGAAAAACUUAAAUUAGAAAAACAAGGAAGAGGAGGGGGAGAAGGUGAAGUUGGAAAUGAGGAUAAGGAAAAGAAGAAUUGAAAGGAAUUUAAAAAAGGAAGAAAAAAAUAAGUAUGAAAAUUUUUUUAAUUAGUUAAAUUUUAUAUAUAAAUUUAAAUUGAGGAGGGGAGGGUUGGAUGAGAGAGAAAAAAAGGAGAGGGAAAAAAAUUUUUUCAGGUGAAGGGGAAUAAAAUUUGGGGGGUUUUAAAGUUUGAGAAUUUUUUUUUUCAAAAAAAAAAAAUAUUUUUUUGAUUCUUGAAUAAUAGUUUAUUUUUCUGGAUAAAAAAUUUUUUCAAAAAAAUUCUCAAAAAAAAUUCUCAAAAAAAAUUUUUUUCUCUCAUACAAUUAAUUUUUGUAGUGUGAGACAGGGAGAGAAGAGAAUAUGGCGCUUUUAUUACUAUAUUUUAUUUUUUUUCUGUUUAUUAAAAAAUUAUAGUUUUAUUUUUUUAAAUUUUCUUUUAAAGAAUAAAAAUGUUGUCAGAUUUUAAUUGUUUUUAAAAUAUUUUCAAUUUUUCAUUUGUGAAAAUACUUUUUUUAUGAAAUUUAAUUUUUAUUAGCGCGCGUUUAAUUGGGGCAAUAUUUGGAGAUUAUUUGACAAGGUUGUUUAUUUUAAUUUCUGGUUUGUUUUUCUGAUAUGCGAAUGUUUUUCUGAUGGGUAUGGUUUGUUUUUGUGGUCUUUCCUUGUUUUGUGUUUUUGUCAUUUUGUAUUUUUCUGGUUAAUGUGUUUUAGCUAUGUUUUAAUGUUUUAUAUUGUUUUGUGUUUUUCCUUGUGUUUUUCUCUGUGUUUUUGUAUUUUUCUGAUUUAUAUGUUUUUC